ACUGAAAGAAGAAGAGCUGAAAUUUCGCAUGGGUGAAACAUGGCGUCAGACAGCGACGAAAAUAAAAUGCCAUACCUCAAUAAAUGUAAUUUGAUCAAACAGGGAGCGGAGGCCAGGGUAUAUCGUGGUACACUUUUGGGUAAACCUACUAUAAUUAAAGAACGGUUCCCGAAGCACUAUCGACAUCCAGUCUUGGAUGAAAAACUGACGCACCGUAGAACUGUUCAGGAGGUGCGUGCAAUCCUACGCUGCAGAAAAGCAGGCAUCAGCACCCCGGUUGUUUACUUUGUGGACUACACCUCCCACUGCAUCUUCAUGGAAGACCUUGUAGGCGCCAUCAUGGUGAGGGACCACAUUGCCUCCAGCCAAGCCUCUGGUCAAGACCUGGUGGGGCUCAAUGCCUUAGCAGAGCAGAUGGGCCAAAUCCUGGCUAGAAUGCAUGAUGAGGAUGUCGUUCAUGGCGACCUAACCACGUCUAACAUGUUACUACGACAAGGGUCAGGGGAAGGUGUCAGACCUGAGCUGUUCCUGAUCGACUUUGGGCUGAGCUACACUUCGGCUUUGCCGGAGGAUAAAGGAGUGGACUUGUAUGUGCUGGAGAAAGCUUUCCUAAGCACGCACCCAAACACUGAGCAACUUUUCCAGAGGCUUCUAAAAAGUUACACCAAGACCUCCAAAAAGGCCCACGCAGUGAUCAAGAAAUUGGACGAAGUCAGACUAAGAGGGAGGAAGCGGUCUAUGGUUGGGUGACUAGAUCCCGUAGGACUGUAAAACAACAUCCACUGGCUUGAUGGCACGGUGUUUAACGUUUCAAUUUUGUCAUGAGGUUAUUUUUAUGUAAAUAAACUACUUCUUCAAUCCCAA